AUGGCAAGCUUAGACUGGGACAGCAAGACUGUGAUCGGCUCUCGUACACAUGGCCCCAAGGUGGCAAAGGAUGAGAGCACCGUCAACGCCGCUCGUCGUACGGGAGCAGCCAUCGAGACUGACAAGCGAGCGACGGGCGGAGUCAAUCGAUCAGCUAUCGGCAAAGCGCCUGAUCACCAACGAAUAGCCAAGCUAGAUCGAGAGAACGAGGUUGCACCACCGGCGACAGUCUCACUCGAUCUGGCAAAGCUCAUCGCAAAGUCACGAGCCGACAAAGGUCUGACUCAGAAGGAGCUCGCUCAAAAGAUCAACGAAAAGUCCAUCGGGGACUACGAGAACGGCAAGGCGAUCCCGAACGUAGCCGUGCUGGGCAAGAUGGAGCGUAUACUGGGCGUCAAACUGAGAGGCAAGGAUAUCGGCCAACCGCUGCAGCUUGGGCCUAAGAAGUAG